GUAAAAGCUAAGUAAAGCAAUCUGGAGGGCGAGGAGGUGGUCUACAGCACGACGGAGGGAGGUUCCAUUCUAAGAGGAUUGAUCUUGAGAGGCUGUGCAAUCCUUUAGAAAUCCCAGUCUCAGAAUUGAGGUGAUGGAGUAAGUGAUUUUGGCUAGAAGAGUUCUUUGUGAGCAGCUUCCCUUCUUGAAGAUUCUACUGUUGCGUUCUUCCCAAGUGUGAUAGACAAUUGAAGAGAGACAGAUCUUCCUAACCAAAAUUUGUGGAGAAUUGGACUUCCACAUGAAACUUACCAGCUGCACCAACAUGCUCCAGGCACACACACUCACCGGCACUCUCUCUUACACACACAAAUUGGGUCUUUCUCUAUACGCAUAAACUCACACAGGCACACACACUUCUGAUCACAACAAUUUCGCGAAUCGAACAAUGAGUAAAGAAGAGUCGUCGCAGUGCGAGGGAAAGACUCUGGACCUUUUGAACCAAUUCGAGCUCAUAUUGGAAGCUGAUCCUUUAAUUGAUGAAGUGGGGUUUAUUCAUCCAUCCCAAUUUGUUUCAUUAAAUGAAGAAGCAGGCGGUCCCCUCCUCUCAUCUGUUGGAACUGUGUUUCAGUCAGCAGAUGGUAUCGUGAGAUCAAAAAUAUCCGAAGCUAAUUCUUCAGAUACAGUUUUCUGGAGUAGAGAUCAUAAGUUGGGCAUUUCAACCCAGGUUCUCUUUCCGUUAUAUAACACGGCCAAACAUGCAUUUAUGGUUGCACUUGAACAAUACAAGACACGUAUUAACUUGACUGUAGAGAAAGAUGAAUCCAGUGAGAAAAAUGGGUUAACUUGCUAUUCAGCUUCCUCAAACAUCCUCGAAAGUGAAGUUAUGAAGCACAGCAGGGCUCUUUUGUUGCUAAGCAGUGAUUUUGGAACUGCAUGGAAUUCCAGGAAACUACUUUUGUCUAACAACCAACAUUAUCUGACUAUGAUUGAUGAACUCCUCUUGUCAUCGUUGGUUCUUUCAUAUUCACCAAAAAGUGAAAGUGCUUGGAGCCACAGGCGGUGGGUGAUCAAGAUGAUUGCUGGAAAGUGUUCAAAUCUGCAAGAGAUUGUGGAAAAAGAAUCUGAGUUAGUGAAAAAGAUAGCGGAGAAAUCAAAAAUGAAUUACCGUGCGUGGAAUCACCGUUGCUGGUUAGUUUCCUACAUGUCAAGAGGACAGGUGUUGCAUGAGUUAAAUAAAUCAAGAGAUUGGGCUGGAUUACACGUUGCUGACAACUCUUGUUUUCACUAUCGCGCGCGGUUAAUGCUCAGGAUGUUAGAGGAUUCAUGGCAUAAACAAGAUACAAAUGCAUGUUCUGGCUGUGAUGAAGAACUUCAUCGAGUGUGGAAGGAAGAGCUCGAAUGGGAUGAGAAGUUGAUAAAGCUUUACAUAGGGAGAGAGUCCCUUUGGCUUCAUCGCCGCUUCCUUUUGCUGGUUUGGAUAAAGCAUUUUGCAACCGAUCGUAGUGUUUCCUGUCAUCUUGAUCGUAUAACUAGCCUAAGUCAUAACAUUUAUACCAUAAUGGAUAAUGAAAUGCAACUCUUCCGCUCCUGCUCAACUGUUCUAAAUAAUGACUUCGAAGAUUUCCAAGCACAAGCGACGCUUUCUGCUACUUAUAUCUUGUGGUUGACAAAGCAAAUCUGCGAUUCUUUCGGGUUUGAUCUUAAAAAGAAGUUGCAAGUGGAACUAAAGAUACACCUGAUUAAGGUAUGCCCGGAAAAGACCUUCCUUUGGGAUUCUUUAGUGGGCUUAUGUGAAAGCAUAUAAUCCUUGUAUUAAUAUAAACUUGACCUCUUCCUAAGUAAGAUCAUCCUCAGGUUUUUAGCUUUUUCUUUUUCUUUUUCUUUGCUCUGUUGGGAAUGUAAUACGCCUAUUGGUGUCAUGUAAUCUCCAAGUUAUAAAUGGUAAGAAUUUAAAUUGUUUCGCUGUUA